CCGUUCUCCGGCGUCUCGCCAGCUCAAAGUGCCACGACUCAAUUGAAAUAAAUAGGAAUCCCAGACGGAUUGACUGAGAAAGAGAAUUUGCGGAAAUAGCAGCAUAUUUAUCGCCAGAUUGAAGGAAAUUCCACAACAAAAUCCGAACUUCUUCAACCGCCUCCAAAAGUGGUGUAGUUACAUCAGCAGAUAUAUAUUUAAAAAAAGGACAGCUAACCUGUCAUAGUGGUCAUCAUGGAUCUAUAUGACCCUCAGACGCUAGGCAUCAUGGUAUUUGGAGGCUUCAUGGUCAUCUCAGCCCUCGGUAUCGUUCUGGUCUCCACCUUCUCCAUGAAGGAGACCUCAUAUGAGGAGGCGCUGGCCAAGCAGCGCAGAGAGCUGGGUAAGACGGCGCCUCUGGGACAGCUGACCAAGAAGGACAAGAAGAAGGAGAAGGCGUCUGAGAAGAAGAACCGGGGUAAGAAGGAACACAAGCCUAAUGGGAAGCUUCCAGAAUUAGAACUAGAGGAUAUCCCAGUGGCCGAGCCUGAACUAGCCCCAGAACCCGUUUCUGCCCCCGAACCUGCCCCUGAACCUACCCCUACCGCUGCUCCCGAACCAACCCCUGCUCCCGAACCAACCCCUGCUCCAGCUCCCCCCGUUGUAAAGGCCUCCCCUGCUCCAAAGAAGAAGAAAGAGAAGAAGAUGAUGGCUAAGGUUGAGCCAGCCCUGGCUGCUCCUGCCCCAGCCCCCAUUGCCCCCUCCAAGCCUGCCCCUGCCGCAGCAGCCCCCAUAGCCCCUUCCAAGCCUGCCCCUGCCGCAGCAGCCCCCAUGGCCCCCUCCAAGCCCGCCCCUGCCGCAGCAGCCCCCAUAGCCCCCUCCAAGCUCGCCCCUACCGCAGCAGCCCCCAUGGCCCCCUCCAAGCCUGCCCCAGUCCUGGAGGCUGUCACCAAGGAGGUCCCUGUGAUGGCAGUGCCCCCGGUGGGCUCCCAGCGGACUGCAUCCAAGGCUCAGGAGACAAAGGCACAUGACCUUUCCAAGAAGAAGGCGUCCUCCAAGAAGAAGACAGAGUCUGUGUUGGACUCUGGUCUGGAUUCCCCCCUGUUCCUGCCCUACAAGGCCCUGGUCUCUACCGUUAGCAGUAUGGUCUUCAGUCAAGGAGAGGCCCAGCACCUCCUAGAGAUCCUCUCUGACAAGGCUGGCAUCAGACAAGACACCUGGCACAUGGCUACUCAGAAGGGCGACCCAGUGGCUGUGAUGAAGAAACAGUUGGAGGAGAAUCAGAAACAGCUCACUACUCAGCAGGAGGAUGCUUCUGCAGCCAAGAACAGACUCCGGGAACUCAGCAGGGAGCUCUCUGCUGAGAAGUCCAAGGUAGCCAGUGUGGAGACAAGGCUGAGUUCCCAGCUCUCGUCCAGGGAGCAGGAGAUGAUCGCCCUGCAGGCUCGUAUGCAGGCCUCCUACCAGGACCACGUAGCCCAAACACAGAAACUCAACGCCAAGGUCCUCAGUCUUCAGGAGCAGUUGGAGUCUGGUCCCACGGCCCAGCUGACUCGUCUGCAGCAGGAGAACUCUAUUCUCAGAGACGCACUGAACCAGGCCACAAGCCAGGCAGAGAGCAAACAGAAUAGUGAGCUGGCCAAGCUGAGACAGGAUUGUGCCAAACUGACCAAGGACCUGGGGGAGAAGAGUGUAAGCCUUCAGACUGAUGAGAUCAUCAGGACUGGACUGGAGGCCAAGGUGUCUUCUGUAGAGAAACAACUGUCUUCAAUACAGGUCAGUCAUGCUGAGAGUGAACAGGAGCUGCAGAGGAGGCUGGAGGAGGUCAGUGAGGAGUUGAGGAGUUCUCAGAGGAACCUGGAGAAAGCCCAGCAGGAUGCUACCACCCUCUCAGAUCUUCAGGUCCAUCUGGGCAGUGUAACGGAUGAUCUGAAGGAACGUGGGGCCCAGGUGGAGGCCCUCACAGCCCAGCUGGAGCAGACUGCGCUGGAGAAGGGACAGCUGGAGGACCAGGUGGGAUCCAUUAAUGUUCUUCUCGAGGCCAGCCAGAACAGAGACGAGAAUGAGGACUUGGAGAUGUGGAGUUGGUCUUUUCUCAACAACACCAAUCAUUUCUCUUCCAGUCUUCAAGACCGAGACGGUCAGCUGGCGUCACUCCAAGAGGAGCUGAAGCAGCUCAGAGAAAUGAAACGGGAGGCAGCUAUAACUGCCGAGGUCACUACAGCUGAGACCGAGCAGGCACCUAACAGUGAGGACAGAAGCCUGGUGGUAUCCCUUCAGGAAGAACUGAAGCAGCUUAAAGAAGAGCUGGAACAACUACUAAACUCUCCCGUAGCUCCCCAAAGUGUUGAGCUAAAAUCGGCUGAUGUCUCAGGAGAAUCUGAUCAGCUACUCAAUGGUCUGGAGAAGACGGAGAGCCAGGAAGCAUCGCUAGAAGAGGAAGGGAUGCAACUCAAAGAAAAAUCUGAACAGGUCCAGAAUAACACCACUCCGUCUGACAACACAGCAGAACUGGCCGCGCUACAAACCAGUCUGGCAGAGAGAGAAGAUAUGAUGAAAUCACUACAAGAGGAGCUAAGGGAAGCCAGGGACCAAUCACAGAAGGUACAGGAGAUCCUCGCUCAGGUCCAGCAGAGCCAAGAGUCCCAGCCGAGCACAGAGCUGCCGGAGCUGUUGGAGAAACUGAAGGAGGCAGAGGACAGCCACGGGACACUGCAGGCACAGUGUGACCAGUACAGGACAGUCCUGGCUGAAACGGAAGGAAUGCUGACAAACCUUCAGAAUAGUGUCGAGGAGGAGGAGCUGGUGUGGAAGUCCAAGAUGGCCGACUCUGAGGACCAGUUGAAGAAGGCCCUGGAACAAGUGCACACUCUGGAGGAGACUGCAGAGAGCUUGAAGACAGGAAACCAAAGCAUAGAACAGCUGAAGGAGCAGGUGAUGCUUCUGGAAGCCCAGUUGGAGAAACAGUCUGAGACAGAGGACGAAAUGGCACAGUUGAAGCAGCUGCUGUCAGAUUCUCAGAGCCAGCUGGAGUCAGCCCAGACGCAGGCCCAGACGCACAGGGAAGAGCUGGCUACGGUCAGAGGUCAGCUGAGCGAGGCGACGGAGCACGCUCAGAGCCAGAAGGCGGUCCCUGAGGCUGGGGCACAGAACGGCCCAUCAGAGCCCGAGGUCCAGUCCCAGUUGAGUCAAAUCGCAGAGGAGUUUGAACAGGCUCAGAAGACUGUAGAGCUCCAGGCUCAGAAGACUGUAGAGCUCCAGGCUCAGAAGACUGUAGAGCUCCAGGCUCAGAAGACUGUAGAACCCCAGGCUCAGAAGACUGUAGAACCCCAGGCUCAGAAGACUGUAGAACCCCAGGCUCAGAAGACUGUAGAACCCCAGGCUCAGAAGACUGUAGAACCCCAGGCUCAGAAGACUGUAGAACCCCAGGCUCAGAAGACUGUAGAACCCCAGGCUCAGAAGACUGUAGAACCCCAGGCUCAGAAGACUGUAGAACCCCAGGCUCAGAAGACUGUAGAACCCCAGGCUCAGAAGACUGUAGAACUCCAGGCUCAGACGACUGUAGAACCCCAGGCUCAGCUGGACAUGCUGGAAGAGGCAGGAGACUCCCCACAGGCUGGCACAGAGGACGUAGCCCAGCUAGAGGAAGAGAGUUCAGGACUGAAGGAAGGAACAUCUGUUUAAGAGACUGAAGACGUGACACUAAAACAUGAUUAUCAUAGUUAUGCAUUCCAACACGGUUAGUUCUUGUACUGUAGUAGUUGAUUGCUGCAUCUCCUAUAAGAAUCUAAGGGCCAGUUUCCCGGACACUGAUUAAGCCUAUUCCUGAACUAAAAUACAUGCUCAGUGGAGAAUCUCCCUUAAAGAAACGUGUUAGCCAGGGACUAGGCUUAAUAUGUGUCUGGGAAAACCGGCCCAAAAUGUUUCUGGGUCGUUCCACCAAUUCGGUGCCUUUAUCAGAUGUGUGUAACUUGGUGGGGGAUUAUAAUUUUUUUUUUAACGUUCUGUCAUAAAGAGAACAUGUUCAACUUAAUAAAAAUGUUUUCCCAUCUCGAUGUUAAAUAAAAAGUGCCAAAUAAAGUUAAAGGGUUGACUGUAACAGGGUUGACGAUUUCAUCUUAAAUCAGGGGCAAUUGAGGGGGGGAAAAUGAAAUUGUGAAACCAUACCUAGCCUGUCUAUAUAUGGAUAACGUGUUUUGCUCGACCAACUCAGUUUUCCACCACAAAACACCAGAAAAUGUUUUGUGGUGGAAAAUGCUGAGUUUUAGCACUUUAGCAAAGUCUUAUUCAUAUAACAAAAAUGAACUCGGUGGUCUACUAAAGGGUGCUUCAUGGAAUAUAACAGGUCUUUUAAAAUUCAAUAUUGGUGUAGAAUUCCUACUUAAAAUGUCAAAGGGAUGCAAAACUCACUCAUUUCGUGGAACGACCGAUCUGAUCUAGGAUGAGGAAAAAGAUACUAUGCUGCAAACAGACCGUUGAAGACAAACCUACAUCAACGAUUCUGGCCAUGUCAGAAAUGAUACCUAAGACUAGCUCUGGUCCAGGGCAUUAGUGCGCUUUCCUCCACUACGCCCUGUAUCGAUAUUGAUCAGACGAACGCCCUGGACCAGAGCUAACCAACUCUGCCUUAUAGUCACAAUGAAAUCUCUCUCCCCAGAGUCCACAGUGUUAAAAGGGAGAACGAUUGUGUGUUUAUAAAACGUACAUCAACCUGUGCAAUUACUUUGUGCACCCUAUUCUCCUAUAUUGCACACUACUUUUGCCCAGAGCACUAUAGGGGAAACCUUAUGGGCCCUGGUCAAAAGAAGUGCACUAUAUAGAGAAAAGAUGCAACUUUGUGUCUUUUGUAAAGUGGUUGGGAUGAAUGAUGGGAGGAAGUUAUGGUACACAAGAUGGAUGCAAUACAUUAAGUGCCUCCUUCAGUACUGUGUUUUACAGUAGCUGGCUGCCAACACAAUGUGUGAAUUUGAUAAAGAAUAAAAAUACAAUGUAGUGUU